UUCGGCAAUACGAAAAGUUCUAUUCAAUCGAUUUGUUGUCACAGCUGUCGAUCAUCCUUACAAUGGGGCCGUUGACUGUACGAGUGGUAUAAAAGCGUUAGCCAUCAUCCGGAGAUCAUCAACCAAGCCCAUCCAUUCAAGGCAAUCAAAGCUAUGAGGACGAGCACACUACUUUUGAGCCUUGGCCUUUUGGUCCUGUGCUUCUCGAGGUACAGUUUCGCCGAGGACGAUCCCACCGAUGGAAGCACCACGCCCACUGAUGGAAGCACCACGCCCACUGACGGAAGCACCACGCCCACUGAUGGAAGCACCACGCCCACUGACGGAAGCACCACGCCCACUGAUGGAAGCACCACUCCCACUGACGGAAGCACCACGCCCACUGAUGGAAGCACCACUCCCACUGACGGAAGCACCACUCCCACUGGCACCUCUCCUUCAGCGAGCGAUAGCACCAGUCCUUCAGCAGGAUCCCCCGACAGCCCCAACAGCAGCCCCUCCGACAGCGGCAGCAGCAACAACAGCAGCAACGCCAACCGCAACAACCGCCGGAUGCGCCGCCAGCGGGCUCAGCGACGACGUCAGCGCCGUGCUGCUAAGCGCAGGAAGAACCGCCGCAACAACAGGAACAACAGGGUUGGCUAA